CUGGUAAUUAGGCUAUGCUAUUCAUUGCAGAGAGAGCUGGCAUUGUGUAGCGCUGUGGAGUAUAGCACAUGGUUACUUGCUUGUUCGUAAUAAGAGGAUUGUGUAUGUCUGUGUUCCUCUUAAAAGCGUUGGAAAGAUAUAUUAAUCUUUAUUUUUGAUAUAUAUGUAUAACAGUCAUACAAUGAUGGACCAAGGGGUUCUAGUCGACCCGAUGCACGGGCAUCCACAGUCACCGCAACCUGAACCAGACUCUGUCAAAAUGUUUGUAGGACAGAUCCCGAAAGAUAUGCCCGAAACAGAAUUACGAGAAAUGUUAGAAACUUACGGUGGUCCAAUAUACCAGUUAAAAGUCCUCAAGGAUAAAGACACAAAUGAAAGCAAAGGUUGUUGUUUUGUUACAUUUUAUCUUAGGAAAGAUGCUGUAAUGGCAAAAGAAAAUCUUCACAAUAAGAAAACACUUCCUGGUAUGAAGCAUCCUGUGCAAAUGAAACCGGCAGAUAGUGAAACAAGAAGUGCUGAAGAACGAAAGAUAUUCAUUGGUAUGAUUGCAAAGAAGAAUGAUGAGAAUGAUAUACGAUUAAUGUUUGCACCCUUCGGUACAAUAGAAGACUGUACAGUGCUACGGGAAAAUGGAGGCAACAGUAAAGGUUGUGCCUUUGUAACCUUUAGUACGCGGCAAAGUGCCUCUAAUGCAAUUAACAGUAUGCACCAUUCAACAACGAUGGAGGGCUGUUCAGCACCUUUAGUUGUAAAGUUUGCAGACACAACCAAAGAAAAAGAACAGAAGCGAUGGCAAAAGAUGGCACAAAAUCUAAUGAGUUCACAAGCCUUUGCAACGGCAAUGAUGGCUACACUCACUAAUCAAAAUUACGGAAUGCCAGCAGGAGGAGCAGCUGGACCAACAAACACAAACCCAAUUCAACAGCAACUAGCCACGUUUCAGGCAAUGCAACAAAUUUCAGCACUAACAAGUGGCGGACAGGGUCCCAUGACACCAACAGGGGCAGCUGCAGCGGCGGCGGCAGCAGCUGCAGCAGCACAACAGCUUCAAGCUUCGCAACAACUUCACGUUGCCCAAGCCCAUAACAGUUUCUCUGGUUUAUCUACAGGAUCGUCUCCAACAACAUCUUUAAGCAACAGUUCAAAUGCCACUAACGCACUCGGUCUCCAGGGAUACGCAUCACAAGUGGCAUCUGUAGCGCAGACUAACAGCACUAACUCUUUACCUGGACUCGGACUACAGACAUUAACAGCCCAUUUACAGGGACAACGAGCAGGUACGGCGCCAAAUCUAUCAUCGAAUAAUGCGCUGUCUGGGUUAGCUGGACUCCAGGCCCUGAAAGGGUCAAUAGGUGCAACAAAUUCAUCAAGUGCACUGACAGGCUUGACGGGCUUACAGGGCUUGGCGGGUACAGGAAUGACGAGUUUGACCGGGGUGAAUGGAUUUGGUACGCCUUCCUCUAAUGGCGCAAGUGGACCUAGUUUAGAUCUUAGUGCUCUAUCACAGGCCUAUUCUGGAAUCCAACAGUACACAGCACAAUUUCCAAAUGGUUUUGGAACACCAUUCACACAACAACCAGUGCCAACUAAACAAAGAGAAGGACCUGAUGGAGCCAACCUGUUCAUAUAUCACUUACCGCCAGAACUUCAAGAUGCUGACCUAGUUCAGAUGUUCGCACCGUUUGGAAAUGUUGUCAGCGCUAAAGUUUUUAUAGACAAAAAGACAAACCUCAGCAAAUGUUUUGGUUUUGUGAGUUUCGAUAACCCGGCCGCAGCCCAAUCAGCAAUCACAACAAUGAAUGGUUUCUCAGUGGGCUCAAAGAGAUUGAAAGUGCAAUUAAAGCGCAACAAGGAAAAACCAUAUUAAACGAGAUGGGCAUCUGUGAAAACUCAUAACCAUGCCCGUUUUGCGUGAUGUCUACGUCUUGAAUCUGGCAUCAACCGUACGUCACAUGUCGUUCUUCUUUCCUGUUCGCACUUCUGUUUAUUGCCUCGUCACGUGCGUGUCGCGUCUUUGUCUUCAUCAUCCAAAUAAGCAAACAAAAAUCACGGAUAUAAAAUUUUAUUGGGUCUGAUGUGACCGCAUCAGAGAAUUAUUCAAAUAUGUGUAUGCAUCUUUAAUUGUAUCAUGUGAUCAGGUUUUAGCCAAUCAGCUCUGUUGAUGUUCAAACAAUCAAGUUCUUAAAUGUUGGAUUUAAAAGUUUGAAGUUUUUUUUGUGGUAUUUGAUAUGGUUGACAUAUGUGGAAGUAGAGUUAUACAAUCUGUAGAACUGUUUUUAAAAAAAUGUUUGCUUUUCCCUUCAUUGAAAGUUGAAAUGUUGUCAUGCAGUAAAUGUUAAUUAGCUCAAAAUACAGUGAGCUUACUUAGAUUGUGUUGUUGUUACAUCAAUUAAAACAUGCUGCUUUUCCUAUGACUUAAAGUUGAAGUAGUAUAGAUAAUCAUAAAGUAGAGAAAGAACCAAUUCAUUCUGUAUUUUCUCAUGUGUUUGUAAGAACUGGUGUAUGUGUAUAUAUACACACAUCACACAUACAUAUAUAUAAUAUAUAUAUACGUAUAUAUACAUAAGUAUAUAAUCAUAUAUUAUAUACAUGUGUGCGUGUGAAGUGAAAUAUUAAUUUGGUUUAAACUAUUACGCAAAGAGAGUUGGUUGCAUUUGUUUUUGGUGUGCUAAUCGUUAUAGUGUGCAUAAUUGAUGUCUAUUAUUUGGACAGCAACGGCACAUUAUCAAUAAUUUCUCUUUUUUUCCUAAUAUGCAGUGAUUGUUAAUAACGAAUGUCGAAAGCCAAAAGUUAAAAUUGUUUGAAAUGUUUUGGGUUUUUAUUUUGUCAUUUUUGAGGCAUUUUUAAACUUAUUUUGUUAGGCAGAAAAAUGUGCAAGAAAUAAUUGUUUUGUGUGAAAUUAUAAAUGCUGCCCUUCGCAAUAAUUUGCGAUGAGACAGCAGAAGAGCGGUUCAAUUGAACUUAUAGCCAAAGGAUGAAAUGUUAAUGUGAUGGUUUACAAUCUGUUUGGUCCAAAAUGGACAACAAUAAUGGACAUUUUGGAUAAAGUAUGUGUUAGGAUAUUAUUUUAAUGUUUGUUUACAAAUUACUUCUCCCUUUGAUGUUGAAUUUUAUUUCUGUUUUGAUUGAUAUAAACAAUGUAAAUUAAUACAUAUAACUAAACACAUGCGUGUGUGUGGGUGUGUGCGUGUGUGUGCGUGUGUGUGCGUGUGUGUUAGGAUAUCUGUAGCAGUACAGUUACUGUUGUGAUUUUGUAAUAUAACAGUUUUAAUUAAUAUUGUCCCAAGUAUAACAGUGUUGGGGAGUCCCAUAUCCUAUGAAUGACUUAAAACUACGGGUAUUUAAAAGUCGUAUUGAAUAUGCUACCUAAUAUUGCUGUGUUAAUUGUGUUUGUUUGCAAUUAUGUUCUAGAAAUACUUAAUUCUUGUUUUAAAAAAAAGUGAGUAAUUCAAAUUAAUGUGAAGAGAGUGUUAAGUAGAGGUUUGUAACUGUGGUAACCAGUCCUAUUUUAUUGUGUCUAAGUAAUGUCAUCGAAUGACAUCAGGAUUAGGAUUUCAACAGCAGGGUAGAAUCAAAACAAAAACAAAGAAGAAAGUGAUUCAUACUGUUUUGUUGUUUUAUUUAAUGGAAAUCAGGGUAAAUGUCAAAUGUAAAGCAAUUAAUGAACAUUCUGUUAAACAAUGAAGUUGUUUGUUUAUUUGCUUCCUUGCAAAGAAAACUAUCAUUUUUCAAAAAAAAAAAAAAAUGGGCACGUAAUCAUAACUGUCAAUUUUACAUCUGCUAUUUUUCUUAUUUUAGAAAAACAAUAAAAAUAAAUUUUUGAAAUUCCUGAAUGGUGGUUUCCGUUGCACUUGUUAAGUAAUUAUUGCACCUUGUCUCUUUGUUAUUCAUAAAAUACUGUGACCCUUGAAAAGUUGUGUGUUUUUGUUUGUUAUGAGUAAAUUGAUGUCUUAAUGUAAAAACAGUACAUGUAAUCUCAAGUAUGUUCAUUAGUCAAAAUGUUUUUAAUCCAAAUUGUAUUCAACAAAAUUUAAUGUAUUAAAUAAGAUGAUGUUUCAUUUAUUUGUAAGUGAUAAUAAAAUUGCAUGUGUCAAUUUAACUUUAGACUAGUUCUGAUUGGUCAAACAAAAUUAUGCAUAAAUAACCUCGCCCAAAAAUAUAUAUAUGCAUAAGUUGAUAAAAUAAUAUGAUACCCUUAUUAAUGAAUCCAAUAUAGCAAUGUACGAUUUCAAAAGUAUUCCUUAUGAUGCUUACAGUUAUUUUCAUUAUCAUUGUAUAUGUUGUGUUGUAUCAUGCUCUGUUUUUUCUUAAUCAAAUUUAACAUGAGUUUUUGCACGCUUUAGUCUCUUCUGGCUUUGGGUGUAGGAUGGGUAUGAUAGCAGCAUAUCUUUGGGAGUAUGCACAUUUCAUUUUAUUAAAAAUAACAUCACCUUUUAAUUUUUAAGUUGAAAAAAAAAUAUAACCAUAUAUAAUCUUCAUUAUUCUAUGUAUGUAUGUUUGUUGAUUUUAGACAUGGUAUUUUAAAAAUGGGUUUUGUUUCACUUGUUUUCAUUUAAUGUUUUAUAACCAUUAUAGUUAAUAACAAGCAAAUUAAUAAUAAGGAAAUUUUAGUUUGUUAGAAUCGCUAAAUUAGAUAGUGCACUGACCUUAUUUUCUCUUAUUGCACCUUUAAUUAAUAAUUAGUAGUAAUUAAUAAUAAGUAAAGCUUAUAUAUAAACAUAUGUGCAUGUAUCUGAGUCUAUUGUCUGUGUAAGUCAUUAUAUGUCAACAUUUACCUAUGUACAAUGUAUAAGUCUAUAUAUUACUGGUAUCAUCCACUUUAAUCUCACCUUUGAUUGGUCUAUACCUCUAUUGGCAGCUUCAACAGUCUCUAGGCUUGUGAACAUUUUUUUUUAAUAGUAGGGAAUCCUAAACAAAAUUUUGAUCUGGACAAACAAGGGUAUUUUUUGAUAAAUACAAGAUGCUCUUUAGUGAUAACUUUUCUUAAUUUGAGACAAGUUUAAUAAAUACCUUUGAACAAUCUUUCCUACAGUUCAAAAAUGCAAAACAUUUUGUUGUAGUUUUGGAAGUUAUUUCAGUAAUUUAUAAUUACUAAUAACAAACAUAGUCAGUGUUAAUAAAUUGUCUUGUCUGUUUGCCCUGUGUUAUUAGGGUGAUUAGUGUGGUUGUUGUUUAGUUGUCAUUUCUGGGAUUGUUGUGUUUGUUUACACCAGAAAAUACAAACUACUUGAUUGUUGAUAAAACAUGUUAGUCUUUAACCGUAGUGUUUAAGUGUAUAGGUUUGCUGUUGGCCACAGCAUGUUUCGUUGUCAUCUGUGUUAGUUCAAGCGACAACACAGUGUAUGUUAGUUUACUGUAUGUCCUCUAUAAAACCACUUUGCAGUGCAUUGUAUUCCUAAAGAUUCUAAAUAUCUACUCUGCUUAAUUAAUCUCAUUUGCUUUCCUUUCUGUUAAUGUACAUUAACAACAAUCAUUUCAAAAUGAAAACUCAUUACCAUGCUGAUCAUUAUGUAUGGUCACUUAGCAUAAAAAAAAUAGAUACAAUGAGCUGAUGACUAUUAUGCGAUCAUUAUAUUCAUUUAUGCAGAAAUGUGUAAACUGAAUUUUAGGUAUGUUUCUUUAAUAUGAAAAAAAAUGUAAUUUGAUUAUGGUGAGUAAAUUAAUUAAAUUUGGACAUUACAGAAAUAAUUAUGUGAAGAGGAAAUUGUUUUUGGAAAUGAAACAAAAAUGUGGAUAAAUCAAUCCCUAGAUGAAGUGUUUUAAAUUGAAAGAAAUUGUUUCAGUUUGAAUGUGAAUGAACUGAUUGAUUACUUAAUAUGUAGGAGAGGCCUUCAAAUUAUUUCUCGUACAGAAAGAUGAUUGCUUUAUGUUCCAUUCAAAACUGUGGCCAACGCAUUUUUGUAUCAUGUAAUACUUCUCAUGAUUAAAGUUGCUUGUUUGCACUGUA